UCAAAGUGCACGUCUAUCUGAACAAUCGGAAUGUAUUUUUUUAAAAUAAUCAUCAUUCAAAUUUGCUUAUUAUUAAAACUGUUAAAUGCGGAACUAUUAGUUUGUGAUAAUAAUGAGUGCAAACAUGCAAGCCUUCUAAGAAUGGAUUCAUUCUUUGCUGAGUUAAGAAUGAUUAUAGAAGGUAAUCGGAAUACCACAUAUUAUCUACAGGAACUUAAUAAAAGAAUAGACAAUAAAAUCGAAAUAUUAACUACCGAAGUCGAAAAUAUCAAAGAAAUCCUUAACAAACAAACCAUUAACCUCAACAAACGACUCGCCGCUCUACAGGUCGAUGAUAGCGAUACGGAAAACGAAUACAGUCUCUAUGAUGAUUUGUGGAUUAUUGUCCAGAAGCGUCAUGAUGGUUCUGUAGAUUUCUAUAGAAAUUGGACAGAGUACAAGAAUGGCUUUGGCAAUGAUGUUGGAGGAGAAUUUUUUGUAGGACUCGAUAAAAUUCAUGAACUUACCAAUGACAGAGACCAUGAACUGCUCGUGCUAUUGGAAAACUUUGACGGUAUAACAAAAUAUGCUCAUUAUGAUCACUUUUUAAUUAGUAAUGAGACGGAUCGAUUUCGUUUGCUGAAAUUGGGAAAAUAUAGUGGCACGCUGGGCAAUUAUUUAAAAUUGCAUUUGAACAUGUUCUUCUCUACCAAAGAUAGUGAUAACGAUUAUGCCGAUGAGGGAAAUUGUGCUGAAUGGUUUAAGGGUGCCUGGUGGUAUUAUCAUUGUAUGACUAGUAAUCUCAAUGGACGCUACAGCCAUAGUCCUAAUCUGACGGAAAGUGAAAGAGGUAUUGGUAUUACUUGGGGUUCUUAUGAUGACAUAUUAUUUUCCUAUAAAUCUUCACAAAUAAUGUUAAGAGCAAAAGAUAAAAACAGAGAAAAUAAAAUUAAGCAUUAUUAAAAAAACACUGCCAAAAAGAAAAAAACAUGCUAUAUCGUUUUUGGCCACAUCCAAACUUAUAUUGUGAAACAACAAAAUGAAUUUCAGAAAUCCAAUUUAAAAUUAAGACAUACCAAAUUAAAUUUAAAUUAAGUACAACAUUU